AUGUCGUAUAGGCGGGUCAUGAUGUUUGGUGGGGUUGGACUCCUCACGUUGACAUGCGCUGUGGGUGGCGUGCGCUGGAAGAGACUUGAAAAGAGACGGGCUGAACUGAACAGCGACUACGAAAAGUUCUUAGUCGAGUUUCGUCUCUACAAAGAGGAAGAGUUGCGCUACUCGGUGGAAUUGCGUGAGAGGGAGAAGAGGACGAUUUUGUUGCAUGAGACAGUCGAUACACUUUGGAAGGAUCGCCUCGAACGUUACAAGAGGACAAUCUUGGAUCUGUAUGCUUACUUGAAAGCGAUGCCAGAGGCUCUGGGAUGCUUAAGUGGUGUUACAAAUCGCUAUCGCUAUAUGGCUGACAAUAUGCGCAAAUUCGUAGGUUUUGAUGUGUCAUGUUGUAAGCUGCAUAACCUCGCUCUCCUCCUCGAACACGCCCAUGUUUUUGGGUUAGCACGCGUUCUAGAAACAAUGCAGGAAUUGUUUGCAUCUGAGCCUCUCAUCAACGCAGUGUGCGAAAGUGUCGAGCAGACCGUAGGUAUUAGCUACCCAAGUACUGUGGCUGAGACCAGCGCGGCCUUUACUUUUUGCUUGGAGACGUUGGAUGAUGCUGUGUCUCGCUGUUCUAGUACAUUUUCGAGCGCCAUAGAAGCUUCCACACCGAGCCCCGUAUCCGACGGCGUGCGGGAGUUGGUGAAAAUGACGCAUCUUUCUACACUCAGCCGUGGUCAGAAGGCUUUGGCCGACAAGCGGUUGGCUUUAGCGAGACUACUGCAGCGCGAGAAACGUCAGCUCCGGACGAAAGAGGAUGUGCGCUCUGCCGUUGAGUACGCAGAAAGGCUGCAAGCCUAUUUCGCAAACCCACCCAAAGGUUCCCCAUUGUCUAUCAUUAGGCGUGAGGAUAAGUUCACACAUGCGAUUCGGUCUGACGCUGAGGUGAAGCGGGCACUUCAGCAACUAGAGCUAUGGCGGAACACGGCAGCAGUCUUUCUGCUGUGGCAACAGGCCCAAGAUGUCUUGGAUUGCUAUCAAUUGGUGCUUGCUGAAUCUCUCACAAACGUAAACAGUACCAAACCCUGA